GUUCAAAUUUAUCCAAAACUUAAUUGGCAUAAGUUAAGAAUUGAAUGGAAAUUUCAUUAUUAGGAUUGUUAGCAAAAAUUACUAAAUCGAUAAAAAAGAAAAGAAUAAGGAUCGAAAAAUAAUAGUUGGAACUAUUUUAUUGAUAAAUUUUACGCAUCAAUCGCAGAAGUAUCUUAACAUGCAGCUCAAGCAAGCAAUCUUCUGUACUUUUAUUUUUAUCGUUGUUUCUUCAUCCGAAGCACAGCAGAAUGUCGACACAAAAAUCAGUCGAGUAAAAGGAAAUAUUUUGAGAAAUAUAACAGGAACUCAGGAAUUUGAAGAUCACAUUGUGACAAGCAGUUUGGAUAAUUCAAUGAUGAUUCGAAUGUUUUAUCGUGGAUUAAGAGAAUUUUACAAUCGAUUAGUGACUGGAACUGGUGAACGUCAUAACAGUGAUAGAUUUCAGAGACGAGUGCCAAACAAUGUUCUAUUUCCAUGUGAUAUUCGAGGAUUUAGAAGUCAAAAGAUUCCCAAAAGUGUUCAUCAACUAAGACCAGGAGAUAUCGAUGUGAUUGCCGCAAUGGGUGAUUCUCUUACAUCAGCAACAGCUGCAAAUUCAGUAGGUUUAUGGGAGGUACUUGUUGAAAAUCGCGGACUAAGUUGGUGUAUUGGUGGACAAGGAAAUUGGAAGAGUCACUUAACCUUACCAAACAUUCUCAAAGUCUUCAAUCCCAAAUUAUUUGGCUUUUCAUUAUCAGAUUCCUACAAUGUCCAUAAAACAGCACAAUUUAAUAUUGCUGAAAAUAUUGCAACGACAUCAGACAUGCCGUAUAAUGCACGUGCAUUGAUGGAAAGAAUGAAGCAAGAUCCAAGAGUUGACAUGAAAAGGCAAUGGAAGUUAUUGACUUUUAUGAUUGGAGGCAAUGAUUUUUGUUCUGACAUUUGUUAUCAAUCAAAUGCUACAUUGUGGUUGAAUGAUGUCCAAGAAAAAGCAUUGAUUGCAACUUUAAGAUAUUUGCGUGAUGCUUCACCGAGAACACUUGUAAAUUUAGUUCCAUCGCCUUUGAUAUCCCUCAUGUUUUCAAUGGAUAAAGUCAACACUCCAUUAACUUGCAAUCUAGCGCGUCCAAUUGAAUGCAGCUGCAUUUUUGGACAGAAAUUUUCACGAAAUCGUGAAUUGUUUCGUAAAAUUGAAAGAAAAUUCACACGAAUCAUGGAACGCAUAAGUUAUUUACCAGAGUUUCAUGCUGACGACUUUACUGUAGUUUAUCAGCCAUUCUUCAAAGAUGCGAAUGUUUUCUAUAGAAAUGAGAAUAAACCUGAUUUAACAUUAAUGGCAAUCGAUUGCGUUCAUUUAAGUCAAAAAGGACAUGCCGUGUCAGCUAAUGGAAUUUGGAAUAAUAUGAUGGAACCAGUUGGAAGGAAGAGUCUUGGAUUUGAUCAUCUUUUUAGAACUUUUAAAUGUCCGAGUUUAAGAAAUCCUUACAUUUAUACAAAUUAUAAUAGCUUUUAAGGAUUAACGAUUGAUUUUGAGGUCGCUAAGCUUGAUUAUUCAUACUCACAUUAUUCCUUCAAAUACUCAUUAGAUGUUUAAUUUAAUAUUAAUUGUACAAAAAGAAGUACUGGUUCUGAAAAUCAAUAAAAUUAAUGUCUUGAUAUUCAUAUUACUUACUUAC